UACACCUGCUACCCUUCCUGAAUUAAAGUACCACAUUUUCUAUUUUCCAGACACCUGUUGUCACCCUAAUGUGGCAGUUAGCAUAAUGCUUUACAGCACCAGUGAUCCCUGCUACUGAUUGGAAGGAGUUUGUCCAUUCUCCCUGUGACUGUGGGUUUCCUCUGGGUGCUCCGGUUUCCUCCCACAUUCCAAAAAUGUACAAGUUAAGAUUAGCAAAUUGUGGACAUGCUAUGUUGGAGGUAGAAGCUGGACAACACUUGUAGUCUGCUCUCCGCACAUAUUCGAUGCUGCCUGACUCACCGAGUCCCUCCAGGUGAUUGUUUGUUGCUCCAGAUUCUAACCCGCAGUCUCUGUGUCUCCAUCCUCAACACUUCAAAUCCAUUUGUUUGGUCAACAGAAUCACCCAAUGAAAACAAUUGCGUCUUGCAGGUGUUGAAUUAGGGUGCAGAAUUGUUAUUUUACUAGUAUUUUCCUGGUAGUUAAGGUUUCUAUGCUUGCUCAUUUUUAUAUCAUCUCUUACAUAAGUGCCAUUGUCCAGUAAAUUCUCCAGUAAUUGUAGUGUAGCUGAUUGUGUAUUUUUCCAGAAGCUUCUCAGGUUUUUAGCAGUAGAUGUCAUGCUAUAUCUGAGAUUUUAAGGAUUAAUUGUUAUCAAUAGAAUGUGUUGAUAUCUGUAGUCUUGAGUACGAGAUAACCAUGAUUUCUUUUCCUUUGUCUUUACUAUUUUCAUUCUUUAUGCUUCUAAAUAAACCACCAAGUUUUAUGCCUCAUUCUGGAUGAUCAUAGCACCUGAGGAUCAAUAUUACCUGAUUCAUCAGAGUUAAUUAAGGCUCCACAAUAAAUGCUGACCCGUUAACUAUUUUUCACAUAUUAUAAAUUAAUAAAUAUAGAACCAAGAGCCCAAAGGCUUCUGAAAAAUGUCCAGAACCAUUUAACUGUGUGACUUGUUAUGUACUCGUGACACAUGACUGUGGUACCCUUGUCACGGGACUGGGGUUGAAGCUAUACUGGACUUGAGGUAAUGGUCUUGUGAUGGUGGAGUGACGUCAUUUUCCUGCCAGUAGAGAUCAUGUGACAGGUUUUUUUUUCAGGUUAUAAAAGGAAGACCCCACCCUGUGAGGAGGGGCAGUUUGUGGCUGGAUUUACCAAGUUCAUGCCACUUCUUUACGAUUCUACUAGUUCGAGAAAUCAGUGGAGAGUGAAGAUCGAAGUUCGGGAGCUAAAGAUCGAAGAGAAUUGCUUUCUACGGUGAAACGGGUUUCGACCUUUGUUUGAUCCUUAUACGGAAGGAUUUUGUUGACUAUUCUCGUGUUAAUCCCUGGGUUUACCAGAAAGGAUUGAGGAUAGUGAGGAAGGAAAGGUCAGUGCCUUUAAGCCGUUCUGUUUCGUAAAUUCUUCGUGGGAAGUUCGACGUCGGGGAUCGAAGCAAAGCGACGUGAAAGAGAAUUUAAAUCGUCUUAUAAAGUCUCUCCUGUUAAAUGGACUGUGAGCAUAUCAAACUUUUGGCAAUACCACUUUAAAGAACUGUUUUUGCAAUAUCGCUUUAAGAACUGUUUGAGCUGCUGCACCGCAGUUGAUUUCUGGUUACAUUAGUGUUUGUUUACUUUUGGGGGGUUUGUUUUCUGUGUUUAAUAAACGUGUUGUUUGUUAUAAAAAAACCCUUGCCGAACUCAUAUAUUUAAUGUUGCCUGAAUACGUAACAUUAAUAUGGGGGCUGCGUCCGGGAUUGGAUCAUUUGAGUUUAUAUGCUUGCUAACUUUUGACUCGGUGUUUUGGAAAAGGGGAAUACUCGAUUUUUUUGUGUGAGUGGUAUUCGGCAACAAUGAAUAUUGAUGAGUUUCUGGCUUCGCCAGAUGCGGAGUUGUUGGCAAAGGUGAAAAAAACUGAGGUGUCUGAGAUAGCUCGUAGAUUGCAACUUAAAGGUAUUUUGAUGACCACAUCAAAGGCUGUGAUACAGAAAAAAAUCGCGUCACACUAUGUGGAUUCGGGUGUUUGUGAUGAUUCGGUUUUAGAGUCGUUUCCAAUAAGUAAUCUGGAGAUGCAGUUGCAAAUCGAACAAAUGAGGUUGGAGCAAAGUAAAGCUGAUUUGGAGCGUUGUAAAUUGGAGGCAGAUCAAAAGAAGAGAGAUUUUGACUAUGCAAUGGAGGAAUUAGGGUCUGGGAAUCAGUCUUCUGGUUCAAGAAAACUGUUUGUUGCUAGUCAAGAAAUUAAAUUGGUCCCUCCAUUUAGUGAAACAGAAGUGGAAAGAUAUUUUCAACAUUUUGAAACUAUUGCUCAGAUGUCAGAGUGGCCGAAAGAUAAAUGGUCAGUGUUGUUACAGAGUGUAAUUAAAAGUAAAGCACAACAAGUUUACACAGCUUUAACUGCUGCGCAAGCACUUGAUUAUGAUAUUGUGAAAAUGCACAUCUUAAACGCAUACGAAUUAGUCCCAGAAGCUUAUAGGGAAAGAUUCAGAAGUUUGAAAAAGUCUGUGGAAAAAACUUACGUGGAAUUUGCCUAUGAUAAAGCUAUGUGUUUUGAGAGAUGGUAAAUGGUAAAAAGGUAAAUGGGGACUAUGAUACAUUGAGAGAGCUGAUUUUAAUAGAGGAAUUUAAAAGAAGCAUUCCUGUUCAAGUAAGGACCUACUUAAAUGAGAGGGAUACUGGUAAAUUGCAGGACUGUGCUAGAUUAGCUGAUGAGUAUGUUUUAACCCAUAAGAAUAAAUUUCCUCAGCGCAGAAAUUUUAAGAGGAAAAAUAACAUGGAGACUCAAGGUAAAUCAGAAAUUAAAUCAGAGAUUAAUGAGAAAGGUAAGGAGGAAGGAAAGCCUGUGAAGGAAAGACAGUUUGGUCUUAUUUGUAACUAUUGUAGGAAGCCUGGCCAUGUAAUAGCUAACUGUUUCAGAUUGAAAAAGAAAGAGAAGGAAGCAGUUCCAGAUGCUUGUGUGCAACAUACUGAAGCACCUGUAAAGUUACAGGGUUUGAUAAACACAAAUGAGGCUUUGUUAGAGUCUGACCACGUUAAAAAGGGAUAUGAUCAUUUUAUAACUGAAGGGUUUGUAUCCUUGAAAGAAGGAUCUACUCUGGUGCCAAUAAGAAUCCUUAGGGAUACUGAUGCGUCUCAAUCACUGAUGUUAGACAGCGUGUUGAAGUUUAAUGAAGAGUCUGAUACUGGUGAGGUAAAUUACAUAAGAGGUGUUGGGAGUGAUUUUAUGCCUGUACAUUUACAUAAAGUAAAUUUAAAGUCAGGGUUAGUUACAGGAUUUGUUAAAGUAGGAUUACAGCAUAGCUUACCUGUGAAGGGUAUUUCUUUAUUGUUAGGUAAUGACUUGGCAGGUGGACAAGUUUUUCCUGAAGUGCAUUUGACAAUGGAGUCAGAGGAACCAGAGUUGAAUUCUAACACAGAUUCUUCCUGUGUUGUGACUAGAGCUAUGGCUAAAAAGAUUGAUGCGCAGAAUGAGGUUGUUACUCAGGACUGUUCAACUCAGGAUUCGAGUUUUGAGGAUGUGUCAGAGACUUUCUUACCUUCGUUGUUUGAACAAGAUUCUUGGAGUAAGACUGACUAUAAAGAUUUAUCUCUGUCUCGGAAGGAGAUGAUAGCAGAGCAGAAUAGAGACUCUGAGAUUAUAAAAUUAAGAGAGCAGGCUUUACUAGAUAGUGAAAUUGCGAAGGUGCCAGUAGGAUAUUACUUGGAAAAAGGAGUGUUGAUGAGGAAGUGGAGAUCGCCUACAAUUCCUGCAAGUGAGGAUUGGAAUGUUGUUUACCAGGUAGUUGUCCCGAAAGUUUAUUGAAAUGAGAUUUUGACUUUAGCUCAUAGUGUGCCUUUAGGUGGACAUCAAGGGGUAAGGAAAACUGUGGACAAGAUUUUAAAACAUUUUUACUGGCCUGGUCUAAGAAAAGAUGUGGCGAUGUUUUGUAAAACGUGCCAUACUUGUCAAAUAGUGGGUAAACCAAAUCAGGUUACACCAUUACAACCUAUCCCAGCAUUUGGUGAACCAUUUUCUAAAGUUAUUGUAGAUUGUGUUGGUCCAUUACCAAAGACAAAAACUGGUUAUCAGUAUUUGUUGACUAUCAUGUGUACUUUGUCUAGGUUUCCAGAGGCAGUACCGCUUAGGAAUAUAAAAGCUAAAACUGUGACAAAGGCCCUUAUAAAUUUUUUUACUUAUUUUGGAUUACCUAAGGAGAUACAAACUGAUCAAGGCAGUAAUUUUAUGUCGGAUUGUUUCGACAGAUAGUUUAUAAAUUGGGAGCUAAGCAAAUCACUUCGUCUGCAUACCAUCCAGAAUCGCAGGGUGCCUUGGAGAGGUUUCAUUCUACCCUCAAGAAUAUGAUUAGGACAUUUUGUGUGGAAAAUGAAAGUGACUGGAAUGAGGGUAUAAACUUACUUUUAUUUGCAGUAAGGGAAUCGGUACAGGAAUCUUUAGGUUUUAGUCCAUUUGAACUUGUGUUUGGGCAUAGAGUUAGAGGACCUUUAGCUUUAUUGAAAGAACAGUGGAUUAGUAAGGAAGUACACACUAAUUUGUUGGACUAUGUUUUGAAAUUUAAGGACAGGUUACAUAAAGCUUGUAGCUUAGCUAAGGAAAAUUUAAAGUUGGCUCAGGAGAAAAUGAAGACUUGGUAUGAUAAAAAAGCUAGGAUGAGGAUGUUUAAGCCUGGAGAUAAGGUGUUGGUUCUUUUCCCAGUGCAGACAAAUUUCAUGGUCCUUAUGAAAUUGUGUCUAAAAUCAAUGAUGUGGAUUACGUGAUAAAAACUCCAGAUCAUAGAAGGUCAACACAACUUUGACAUAUAAAUAUGAUAAAACCAUAUUUUAAGAAACAAUCUGAUACUGUGACUGUUGUGGUUAGUGAGAAUGAGUUUGAUUUAACUAGGAACAUGAUAGAUGAUUCAUCUGACUUUCAUUCUAAAUCCAACAUUCUUUCUGUUAGGUUACCAAAUUCAACCAUUCUGGAAAAUAUUGAUGAGAAAUUAGCACAUUUACAGUUAGAGCAGAAACAACAGAUGAAGGAGUUAUUUUUUAAAUAUAAGGAGUUGUUUUCAGAUGUUCCGAGAAGGACUACUAUAGCUUCACAUGAUGUAGAUGUUGGAGAUGCCAAACCUAUUUAACAACAUCCAUAUAGGAUGAACAUAGAAAAAUGUGAACUUGCUGAGAAAGAAAUUGAAUAUAUGUUAGAGAAUAAUAUCAUUAGACAUUCUAACUUGAAUUGGAGUUCGCCAUGUGUUAUGGUGCCAAAACCAGAUGGUAGUAUUAGGUUUUGUAUGGAUUAUAGGAAGGUGAAUGCUGUAACGAAAACAGAUGCAUAUCCAAUUCCUAGAGUAGAUGAUUGUGUAGAUAAAGUUGGAAAAGCAAAGUUCCUUACGAAGAUUGAUUUAUUGAAAGGGUAUUGGUGUGUUCCAUUAAUGGACAGAGGUAGAGAGAUUUCUGCAUUUGUAACUCCAUCUGGGUUAUAUGAGUAUAAUGUUCUUCCAUUUGGGAUAAAGAAUGCCCCAGGUACUUUCCAGAGGAUGAUUAACUCUAUGAUUCAGGGAUUGAAAGAUACUGAUGCUUAUAUUGAUGAUUUAGUGACAGGAAAUGAUAGUUGGGAAGCACACAUUAUUGCGAUGGAGAAAUUGUUUGAAAGGCUUUCAAAAGCUAACUUAACUAUUAAUUUAGCUAAGAGUGAAUUUGGACAUGCCACUGUGACUUAACUUGGUUAUGUUGUGGGUCAAGGUAAGGUAGCUCCUGUUCAGGCAAAAGUUCAGGCAAUUUUAGAGAUUCUGACUCCAACGGGGAAAAAAACUCUCAGAAGAUUUUUGGGAAUGGUAGGAUAUUAACGGAAAUUUUGUAAGAAUUUUGCUAAUGUUGCCCUUCCAUUAAUUAACCUUCUGCAGAAGAAUGAGAAAUUUGUGUGGACAGUGCCUUGUCAAGAAGCAUUUGAAAAAUUGGAAACAAUGAUAUGUCAACAACCUGUGCUUAAGGCACCUGACUUUGAAAAACCUUUUUCAUUGGCUGUGGAUGCUAGUGAUAAGGCUGCAGGAGCAGUAUUAAUGCAAAGGAAUGAGGGUGAUGAGGUUGAUCAUCCAGUAGCUUACUCUUCUAAGAAAUUUAAUAAGCAUCAAAGAAACUAUUCGACAAUAGAGAAAGAAUUGUUAUCUCUUGUUUUAGCUUUGGAAUAUUUUGAGGUAUAUGUUGGUACAACUCAAAAACCACUUAUUGUUUACACUGAUCAUAAUCCGUUAGUUUUUCUGAGUAAGAUGAAAAACAAAAACAGAAGAUUAUUAAAUUGGAGUUUGAUGUUACAAGUGUACAAUAUUGUGAUAACUCAUAUUAAAGGUAAAGAUAAUGUGGUUGCUGAUUGUCUAUCUCGAUGUUGAAUGUACACUAAUUUUUUUAUGGAGUGGUUUUUUUUCCAAUUGUAACACUCCUACUGUAUUGUGAGUUAUAAGCUGUUAUAUGAUGGUAUUGUAUAUUGUGUAUGUUAUAAAAUUUAUACCUUUGUUUUUCUUGUAAGCAAUUGUUAAAAAUUUUUGUUCUUGUCAGACCAAAAAUGUUUUUUUGGAGGGAGGUGUUACAUACUCGUGACACAUGACUGUGGUACCCUUGUCACGUGACUGGGGUUGAAGCUGUACUGGACUUGAGGUGAUGGUCUUGUGAUGGUGGAGUGACGUCAUUUUCCCACCAGUAGAGAUCAUGUGACAGGUUUUUUUUCAGGUUAUAAAAGGAAGACCCCACCCUGUGAGGAGGGGCAGUUUGUGGCUGGAUUUGCCAAGUUGACUUCAUGCCACUGCGUGAUUUAAGUAAUGACGCAGUUUAGUUGAAGGAUGAAGUUUUUAUCUAAUGCCUAAAGUUUAAAAGAUCAUUGCCAGCAGGUUCUUUACGAUUCUGCUAGUUCGAGAAAUCAGUGGAGAGUGAAGAUCGAAGUUCGGGAGUUAAAGAUCGAGGAGAAUCGCUUUCUACGGUGAAACGGGUUUCGACCUUUGUUUGAUCCUUAUACAGAAGGAUUUCGUUGACUAUUCUCGUGUUAAUCCCUGGGUUUACCAGAAAGGAUUGAGGAUAGUGAGGAAGGAAAGGUCAGUGCCUUUAAGCCGUUCUGUUUCGUAAAUUCUUCGUGGGAAGUUCGACGUUGGGGAUCGAAGCAAAGCGACGUGAAAGAGAAUUUAAAUCGUCUUAUAAAGUCUCUCCUGUUAAAUGGACUGUGAGCAUAUCGAACUAUUGGCAAUACCACUUUAAAGAACUGUUUUUGCAAUAUCGCCUUAAGAACUGUUUGAGCUGCCGCACUGCAGUUGAUUUCCGGUUAUGUUAGUGUUUGUUUACUUUUGGGGGGUUUGUUUUCUGUGUUUAAUAAUCGUGUUGUUUGUUAUAAAAAAACCCUUGACGAACUCAUAUAUUUAUUGUUGCCCGAAUGGAUAAUGAGGUGGAUUUUCAAAGCUUGCAGGGAGAUUUAUGCCGGUUAGAAGAAUGGGCUGAACGUUGGCAGAUGGAGCUUAAUGCUGAGAAGUGUGAGGUUCUACAUUUUGGCAGGAAUAAUCCAAAUAGAAAAUACAGAGUAAAUGGUAGGGCAUUGAGGAAUGCAGAGGAACAGAGAGAUCUAGGAAUAACUGUGCAUAGUUCCCUGAAAGUGGAGUCUCAUGUAGAUAGGGUGGUGAAGAGGGCUUUUGGAACGCUGGCCUUUAUAAAUCAAAGCAUUGAGUACAGAAGUUGGGAUGUAAUGCUAAAGUUGUACAAGGUAUUGGUAAGGCCAAAUUUGGAAUAUUGUGUGCAGUUCUGGUCACCGAAUUAUAGGAAAGAUAUCAAUAAAUUAGAGAGAGUGCAGAGACAAUUUACUAGGAUGUUACCUGGGUUUCAGCAAUUAAGUUACAGAGAAAGGUUGAACAAGUUAGAUCUCUAUUCAUUGGAGCGUAGAAGGUUGAGGGGGGAUUUGAUCGAGGUAUUUAAAAUUUUGAGAGGGAUAGAUAGAGUUGACGUGAACAGGCUGUUUCCAUUGAGAGUAGGGGAGAUUCAAACUAG